GAAAUCUGCGCCCGAUCAAAACUAUUCCGCGAAAUUCUCAACCGAAACCCGAAACAGCCAAAAUGUCCGACGAAGAAUACUCCAUCUACGACGAAGUCGAAAUCGAAGACAUGACCUACGACCCAGCGCUGCAGACGUAUUCGUACCCCUGCCCAUGCGGCGACAAGUUCGAGAUUGCGCUCGCCGACCUCCAGGACGGUCAGGACAUUGCCGUUUGCCCGAGCUGUAGCUUGAUGGUUAGGGUCAUUUUUGAGGUUGAUAACCUCCCCAAGGCACCGGAUGCCGCGGCGUCU